GAGCCCAUCAUUGACAACAAGUCUUGGCACGUCUGAUCGGGCUGAAGCAGGCUCGGACAUUUGAAAAAGCCAUGCAGCAGCGCCCAAGGCACCGGCAUGCUUCCCCACGGCCUUGAUCACGAGGGCAACAACCAGACCCAAUUGCCCCUGUCUCGGCUUCUCUCGGAUCCCCUUCCAAGACACCGAGCGGUUCUGAACAAGAAUGCGCCAGAGCCAACAAUGUUUGUCCCCAGACAUAGAGGCGUCCAAUGGCGUGCCUCCACCCACGCCAACCCUGCAAGUAUUAGUUGGGGUUUCGUCAAGAGUGACACAAGAUGGGGGGUUGGAUGCCUGGAUGGUGAUGGCCGUCGAGACAUAAGUACUGCUGGCGAGACUUGUCUUGUUCCUGUUUACUCUGCAAACCUGCUCGCCUCUCCCAAUGGGUUGAAGACAGUAACUUGUCUUCGUCUACUCAUCAGAAAGUUGAAAGUGACAGAUCCCGCUGUGCUCAAGGUUGCAACAACAUGUCUUUCGGUGCCGGAGUUCCCAACCAGGGCAGUCUUCCCCUCGAGGAAACCGGACACGAGAGCCCCUUCCCGACCCAGCACAGCCGAACCAGCAGUGUCCAGUCGACUACCACUGACUAUGAUCCCACCACGGAGGCCAAGGCGUCCAAGUUUCCCGAGAUCAUCCGCCGCGACAUGGAGUUCUUCAUGGCACGCCUGACCCGGACAAUCUCGACCGAUUCGACGAGCUCGACUGGCUCGCCAUGAACCAAACUAAAAAAAAAGGCAACAACUUACAAGAUGUAGAAGAGAGGCAUGACGGCAUGGUGGCAUGGAAGGAUAUACCCCACGAGAUUGAACUGGUACUG